CGCUCGGAACCGCCGCCGCGCCACCACCGCCGUCCGGUGCACAGCGUGGAAGCCAGUCGGAGCUCCACGGCCGCCGCACGAGGACGCCGCCAAAACGUUAAUGAUGAAGGGCCACCUGCUGUUGCUGGCCUUGCUGGUCGCAGCCAUCUGCACCGUCGACGCCCAGAAACACCGUAGACGUCACAAGCGUCUCCGCACGACGACCACCACCACCGUCGCACCAACGCGGGAGGAGCACCGCGGUGACGCCGAGGACAGGGAAGACGCCGAGGCUGAUCAUCUCGAGAUGGGCAUGAUAGAGAGGGAGGACGAGAGGCGGUACCAGGAAGCACAGCGUAAGCGUCUAAACGAGAUUGGAGCCGACAUCAAUGAUGUAUUCCCCGAUGGUGCCGAUCCGUGCCUAAAGGUCCACUGCAGCGCUGGUCGUGUUUGCGAAAUUGAUGAACACGGCGAGGCCGUGUGCAACUGCAUCAAGGAGUGCCCUGACGAGACCGACCUGCGCCGCAAGGUGUGCACCAACCACAACGAGACCUGGCCCUCCGACUGCGAGGUCUACCAGCAACGCUGCCUCUGUCUCGACGGCUCAGAGGCCUGCAAAGGCCCCGAGUUCCACCAUCUACAGAUCGAGUACUACGGCGAGUGCCGCGAGAUGCCUGAAUGCACUGAAAGCGAGAUGGCCGACUUCCCCCGUCGCAUGCGUGACUGGCUCUUCAACAUCAUGCGCGACCUCGCCGAGCGUCGCGAACUUUCUGCGCACUUCCAGCGUAUGGAGCGCGAGGCCGAAGCCAACCUUACUAGGAGAUGGACUAAUGCUGCUAUCUGGAAGUGGUGUGACCUUGACGCCCAUGACAAUGACAGAUUCGUGUCUAAACACGAGCUCUUCCCAAUCCGGGCUCCGCUGAUGGCCCUGGAGCACUGCAUCGCGCCCUUCCUGGAGCUGUGCGACGCGGACCGCGACCACCGCAUCACCCUCGCCGAGUGGGGCAAGUGCCUCGAGCUGGACGAGACGGAGCUGGAAGACCGCUGCGACGAGUUCAUCGGCGACGGCGAGAGCGUCGAGGACGCGUAAGCCGCGCAGCCGCAAACGCAACACUGCCAUACUUAACUAAGUUAUAACCUCAAAAGCAAUGGACAUGGGUGAACAACAUUUUUAAACACUUAUGAAAGUUUUUAGAAGAUUCCAAAUCAAAGUUAAACGCCAAGUUUUGUUAGUGCCGUUAUAGAGCAAAACAAUUAACAAAAGAUAGCAAUACAAUCUAUGGUUUAAACCAUGAGGACAUAAAGAACACAGAGCAAGAUGAAGAAGAUACUUUAUGGAAACUAGACAUCGUGAUCACGUUGACAUGAUGAAACUUUCCAUAGAAAAGUUAUCAAAACUUUGGAAACUUAACCUCAAUGCAUUGCUAAUCAGCACUAACCUUAGUUCAUAGCUCUUGAAGUACCCUAGGUUACUGUACAGUUCAUUUUAAGAAUACUCGACAACAUUGUCUUUAUUUUGUAAUACAAUUAAUGUACUGUGAUGCCACAACCAAAAAAGGUUAAGAUUUUUUUAUUAAUAAACUUAAAACUACAAA